AUGAAGCACGGUGCAUUUGCGGACCGCGUGGUGGAGGCAGCAGUUGGAACCGAGGUGCCCGUAUAUGUAGCCGCGGUGACUGAGAUGUCUUUGCAAACUCAGGCGAAAUCAAAGGAAGUAGACUGCAGAUGCCGACUCUUGGCUGAGCGCUUAACAGACGCUGCACGUGUGCUAGACCACGACCCUUCGUUGGCGCUCUAUCGACUUCAAGAACAUGUUGGAAGAAGUCUGCCAGGACUCGUACAAAGAAGAAUUUUGUUAAAUCAGCAGACGGCUCUUCUUUCUGGAGUUCAAUUUGACCUCGAUAGCGCCUUGAGUUUCAGCACUGUGGAAUGCAUACAACAGUCGACUUCGAUAUUUGAUGAAUGUUCUGAAAUGUUGCGUAAUUGUAUAUUCUACAAACAACAGUUAGACUUUGAUGCAAAUAGGAAGGUGUCCGAGAUUACAGUGAAAGGACGCAGCAAAUCGCUUCAUGACAUAACUCGACAAUCUGAGAAAGGGAAGUAA